UCACUUCUCCUGCUGAUGCUUGUUAUGAGUUUCAUACUGCUACACCUGACAUUACUUCCCCUCCAUCACCUGAUUCUCAUGGUGAUAUAAGUAUUUUAUCAGCUCAAGGGCAACAAGUUCAACCUUCGUCCCUCCACGAAAGUGUUAGCCCUCAUGUAAUUGAAAAGGAUGUAAAACCUCAUACGAUAACUUUUAGUACUUCGGCUAAUCCCAAACCCCAAAUUACAGGAAUGGAGUUGAAUAUUGAAAAAACUGAAUUUCCUUCACUGCAGGGUUUAGAAAGUUGUGAUAAUGGUACCAAGUCUUUCAAUAAAUCUCAGUGCCUGCCUUCUGAAACAAAUGUCAAAAGUAUGGAUGUAGUAGAUAGUUCUAAACCUUCAUUAGAACAUGUUUCCGAGCUUGAAGUUGAUGUCAGCAAAGCACCCCAGUCUGAUGGAACAUCUGCUGCAAGCAGCAAAUCUGAAGGGAGCAAAGAAACUUUGACAUUAAUUUCAUCAGAAUCUUGUCAAAUAUCUAUUACCAAAACUGAAGAAGAAAGUGAUUCCGAAUCUGAAGAAAAUUCUGUUAUAGAGAGAGAUCCCUCACUGCUGGACUCUGAUUCAACAGGUUACGGAGACCAGAAGUCUGACACUGAUAGCUCGUAUGUUGAAGAAGAAGAAGUGUCAAUUUCUGAUUCAGACGAAUCAAUUCCUUUUGGAAACUCUGAUAAUAAAGAAACAGAAAAGAAGAAAUCUUUUGAUGAAGAAUUAAUUUCGAAACAAACUGCUGCUGAAACUUCAUAUAUUGAAAGUCAAGAAAGGAUGCCUACAUUUUAUACUGAUGCUUUGGAUUCUCGACAAAAUCAUGAAGCAUCCAGUACAAGUGCAGACAGCAAGAAAGAGUGCCAAAAAAGUGAAGUUAUUGCGAAAUCUAAGGUUGGUUCACUGUCGAGUAGUGACUCAACUUCAGAUUCAGCAGCAAGUAUCAUAGAAACUGUACCUCAGAAAUUGAAAUCUGAACUGUCAUCAGUGUCUCAAAAAUCUACAACGUCAAAUGUAGUAGAAACUUCAAGUGCAGUGAAGUUGUUAUCGUCAGUUGAGGAAGAUGAUCCAAAUUUUCAGGAAGGCCCUCAAACUGUUGAAGACAGUUCUUCAGAUAGGGAUGAAUAUAUGUAUACAUCCGAUAUUGAAGCUAAAGUCAUCCAAGAAAAAAUUGAAUCUCUCAUUUCAGAAGUAGCUGAAGAAAUGAGAAAAGGUCAAUGCUCAUUUGAUGAAACAAUAAAGGAAUAUCAUACAGAAACUCUUAAGGCAUUGGAAGCUGUUGAGGGUGAUAAUCAUUCCUCAGGAGAUAUGCCUGAUGAGAGUUUGGAACAGUACUAUUCUUUAGAUGAAACUCACAGUGUUGACAGUAAUGAGACACUUGAAUUUGCUGAAGAAAGUGCUGAAAUGAAAGAUACAGAAAUGGUUGUGACAGCUGACAUGACAGCAUCUGAUGAUGUGAUGAAAAAGGUUGUGGAUGACUCUAAAAAGAGCUUCGAAGAAGAAAGUUUGAAAAAAAGUGUAAUAUCCCCUAAGAUGGAUAUUGGUAGCUUGUCAGAGUUGGAAGCAGUUCCUUCUAAAGUUGAAAAGUCUAUUUUGGAAGCUAAAGUGGUUUCAAUAGAAGGAAAUCCAACAGAGACAGAAGAGGCCCACAGAAAAAGUAUGGAAACAUGUCCAACUGACAAAGCUCAUAUACAAGAGGUAAGUGUGAAAGACCAAAGCAAGGAAGCAUCAGAAACAAGCAAGGAGGUUGAAUGUUUGAGGGAAAUAAAAACGAAACCAAAGGAGAGCGAUACCCAUUUGGAAGAAGACUCACAAGAUAUUACUGGUAUACCUUCUGGUACUUAUCUUGGGAAAAGACUAAGCCUUGUAGAGUUUAUGGCAGAAAGUCCCCGCGAAAUGAUGGAAAUUGCUAGAAGAGGAAGUAUCAUUGACACAAAGUCAGUUUUUUCUGAGGUUACCCAAAUGAAGCCGAUAGAAUCCUCUCCCAUAGUAGUUAAAGAGCAAACAGCAAUUUCAGAGCCUGCACCCACAUUAAUAAAAAUGGAUGUAAAAUAUACAGACACUGUUCCUCCUCUAGCAAAAGAGGAAAUAUUCGUUGAAAAGACUGCACCUUGUGAGGUUGAAGAAAUAAAAGCAGUAGAGACUGAAGAAAUUGUGGUUAAAAGUGUACAACCUACAGAAUCAGUUUCUCUUUUUGAAAAAAUAGAACAUCCUGAAACAACUGCAUAUCCUCUAAUUAAAGAAGAGAAGGCUAUUAAAAUGAUCCCAUGUACUCCACCGGAAUCCACUGUACAUGAAGUAAAACUAAAAGAGACUGCACCUUCUGGGAUUAAAGAAGAAAAAGCUAUUAAAACAAUCCCUUGUACUCCGCCUGAACCCAUAAAACAAGAAGUAAAGCCAUUAGAAACUGCAUCCGCAAUGAUCAAACAAGAGCUAAAAGAAGAUGUUGAGGCUGCACCUUUAGUUAAAAAAGAAGAAACUCCAGCAGAAACUACAUCCACAGUGAUAAAAGAAGAAGUAAAACCAGCAGAUACUGCACCAACAGUGAUAAAAGAAGAGGUGAAACAAGUUGAAACAACUCCUACAAUGGUUAAAGAGGAGGUAAAACCAGCUGAGACUGUACUUACAGAGGUUAAAGAGGAGAUAAACCAUUUAAAAGAAACAACUUUCGACUCACAAGAUAUUGCCAGUGUUCCUCCUGAUACUUUUCUGGAAAAAAGACUAAGUCUGGUAGAAUUUAUAUCAGAAAAUCCAUUAGAAGUUAUGGAUUUAACCAGAAGUGGAAGCAUUAUCAAAACAACUGAACCAGACAAAACUGAUGAUAAUCCUGGUGAUGGUGAAAAAUCACACAUUAAAAAUGGUAUAAAUCCCACAAAAACUGAAUCUGCUGAAGUCAAAGAAGAGACUUUGUGUGUCAGUACUGAACCCGGUGAAACAAAACCCCCCUCUGUUACAGAUAAAGAUGAAGCAAAAUUAAAAGAAUCUGCCAAAGAUGAUGAGCCAGAAAUAUUUAAAAGUGCUGUUUCUAUAACUGAAGAAAGUAUAAAACCAACUCAACCUGUUCCUGCAAACAUUGAAGAGGAAAUGAAAGCAGCAGAAAUUGCAUCUGCAGAGGUUAAAGAGAAAGUAAAGCCAGUAGAAACUGCGUCUACAGGUGCAGAAGUAGAGGUAAAACCGACAGAAGCUGUAAUUAUGGAGAAAGAAUUAGACAAGAUAACUCCAGAUAUAAAAGAACUAAAACCUACAAAGAUGGCGCCUAUAGAGUUUCCAGAAGAAACGUUGAUUGAUAUUGCAGAUGAUGAGCUAAAACCUGCCAAGAUUGCCCCCAUGGAAAUUUCACUUGCAAAGGUUGAAGAAGUAAAACCAACGGAAACUGCAUUUACAGAGAUCAAAGAAGUGACGCCUGCAGGAAUGGUAACCACAGAAGAAAUACCAGCAGAAAAUGUAGCCACAGUGAUAAAAGAAGAAAUAACAGCUUCAAAGUUUGAAGCAGUGACGAUGCCUGUAGAGACAGCAUCUGAAGAAAGUGUGAAACUAAUAGAGACAGGACCGUUAACUGCAGAAGUGGAAGUAAAAUCUGCAGAAAUUUUAAAGACCUUGGCUAAAGAUGAUGUUGCAAGUGAAGAAGCUGUGCCUACAAAAGUUAAAGAGGAAACAGCUCAAGAACCAGCAUGUGUAGAAGUCAAAGAUGUUGACAUUAUUGCAUUUCAAGAGAAAGAUGAAAUACAACCAGCAGAUACCAAACCUCCUGUGAUCAAAGAAAUGAAACCUGCAGAUACUCUAGUCAAAGAGGAAUUAGAGUUUGUAGAGGCUCUGCAAACAACAAAACCUUUAGAAACCCUCCCCGUGGAAGCCACUGUGGAAGUAAAACUGUCCAAAACUACUCCCAUGGAAGAGCCAGAUCAAAUGAAAGUUUUAGAAGGGGCAACUGUUGAAAUGAAGCCUCCAGAUUCUAGUAUUAUUCAUGUUGAACCUGCCAGCGUGACAUUGAGUGAAGGUGUGAAACCGACCGAUGUUGCCGCUAUAAAAGAAGAUAGCCCUGAAGAGGUUAUGUCUAGCAAAGCAAAAGAAGAAAAAAGUGGAUCUGAAAUGAUGGAUGAUUCAGAUGACAAGAGUGCACUCUUGGUCACUGCACCUGAAGAACAAAGCAAAGUGGCACAUGCAGAGGUUAUUAUUGAAAAGAAAACAAUUGUGGAAGUUCAAACCAAAGCAACUACUGAAGAUCCUUUGAAGGGUGCUGAAGAAAUAGCUCUCGAUAAAGAAAUAUCUCAAAGUGUUACUAAAGAGCAGACAGAUGUAUUGGAUGCACCGUGUGAAGUUGCAGAGAAAGUAAGACCUGGUACUAGUGAGGAAUCAUUACCUGUUCAAGAGAAUGUUAUGCAUGAAUCUAUCACAACUGAAUUUGCUAACAAGAUAGAUUUAGAAAAAUCUGAGUUAGAAGAUUUUAUCCAAAUGGGUCAACCUGAAAAAUCACCAAGUUCUAGUUUAGCAUUUGUUAAAGAACCUGAUUCUCAUAGUUUAAGUGAUCAAAUUGAAUCAUCUAUUAGCUAUCAUAGUAAAGACAUUGAGAAGGAAGCUAUAAUUACUGAAGUACAGGAUGAGCAUAAAUCAAGUAGUAUUGACUUAGUUACCGAUGCUAAUUUAAAUGCCUUAGAGGCACCGAGUUUUGAAACUGUAGUUGAAAAGCCAGCUGAUAAUCUUUCAAAAGCUGAUCUAAAAGAAUCUGAGGCAUCAAAAGAUGCCUCCAAGACUGAUGAAGUCGCAAAGAGGAUAGCUGAGGCUACAGUCUGUGAGGUUGUGGAGAAAGUACACCCAUCUGACUCCGCAACAACUAAGAUUGUAGAGAAAGUAAAUCUGAGCAGUGCUGCAACAGCUGAGCUUGUAGAGGAAGGAGGAAAAGCUGACACUACAACCUCUGAUGUUGCAGAAGUAAUCCAAUCAGUUGUGACUGCCGAAAGUAAGUCUGAUGGUAGAGAGGAGAAAUAUGAGGACAAGGACAUGAAACAACCGUCGAAACAUACAGCUGAGACAGUGUCUUCUGAGCAAGAACUGGAGUCUACUAAAAAUGUGAGUGGAAUUUCACUGCAAGAUGUUAAACCGUCUGAGACUGCAACAUUUGCUGUUGCAAAAGAUCUAAUAAUGCCUGACAAUUUAACCGAUGAUGUCAAACCAUCAACCGAAACUGCACCCACAACUGAUUGUGUAAAGAAGGAUGAUGAUGCAGUCGAUGCAUUUGUUGCACCAGUAGCAUCCAUUCAACAUGAACCAAUAGCAAGACAGUCAAUGGAAGAAAGUCAGAUUGACAAAACAACUAUGGUGGAAAAAUCAGAUGCAGAAAAGCUAGAAGUUGAUCUUCCAGGAAGUUCAUUACAAGAGUUUGGCCAGGAAUAUGAUGAGAAAGGUGAUGAAGUAGAAUUAAGCAAAGAUACUCAUGCAAAAGUAAAGGAUAUGAAUGUAGUUGAUAUCAGUAAAGAAGGUGAAGACGUAGUAGACUUAUUAGAUUCAGGGGCUUCAUCUGAAGGGGUUAGUAAUAUAGAAGGUACAGAUGUAGCAACUGCAAAAAUUGAAGCUAAAAUAGUUGAAGAAGAAAGAAAACUAUUAACAGAGAUUAAGCCAGAAGAAGUUCAGAAAGUUACAGUUGCAGAACCUGCAAUAGAACUGGUGCAAGAAGAGACAUCUGCUAAAAUUGUUCCUGGAGAUGUUGAAGUGAAAGAAUCACAGAGAGAAUAUGAAGAAAUGACUUGCGGAAAAGAAGAGGAGAUUAUGAAACCAGCCGAGAGUGCACCACCAUUGGCUAAAGAUAGUGUGAGAUCAGUAGAAACUGUAAUUUCAGCUACCACUGUAUCAAGUGAGGUUGAACAAGAGCAAUCUAAAGAAACUGAGUCAACAUCUAUUAAAGAAAAAUUAACAUCUACAGAGACUACAGACACCACAGUUGAUGAAGAAACAGUAAAACCUGCAGAGGUUAAAAAAGAGGAAAAACCAGCUGAGAUCAAAGCAGAAGAAACUUUGGUUGCAUUAGUUAAGGAAGAAGUAAAACCAACAGAAACUGCACCUUCACUGAUUAAAGAAGAAACAAAACCAGUUGAGACUGCACCGCCAGUGGCUAAACAAGAGGCAGAAACUGAAGGAAAGGAGAGUGAUAGCCAUUUGGAAGAAGAUUCACAAGAUAUUGCUAGCAUACCUUCAAGUACUUAUCUUAAGAAGAGACUAAGUCUGGUCGAGUUUAUGGCAGAAAGUCCAUUGGAUGUCGUGGAAAUAAGUAGAAGGGGAAGCUUCAUUCCAACAAAAGGGCCAGUGGUUUCUGAGGUUACACAAAUAAAGCAGAUAGAGACAAAAUCUGCAGAGCAAACAGCAAUUGCAGAGCCUGCACCUACAUUAAUUAAGGUGGAUAAAAUUGCUCCAGAAAUGACACCAGAAGUUAUUCAAGACAACAAGCAAACAACUCAAGAGGUUUCUGAAAAGGAACAUGCAGAAGAUCUAGAAAAGGAAACAGUGGAUGCUGUUGCAGAUUUUCAAAAAGAAUCUGUGGCGGCUCCCGAGGAGAAACCUGUGGGAGCUCUUGAAGAGAAACCUGUGGAAGCACCUGAGGUGAAACCAGAGGAGGCUCCUGAAGAGAAACCUGUGGAGGCUCCUGAGGCAAAACCUGUGGAGGCUCUUGAAGAGAAACCUGUGGAGGCUCCUGAUGAAAAACCUGUGGAGGCUCCUGAGGCAAAACCUGUGGAGGCUCUUGAAGAGAAACCUGUGGAGGCUCCUGAUGCAAAAUCUGUGGAUGCUCUUGAAGAGAAACCUGAGGAAAAACCUGUGGAGGCUCCUGAGGCAAAACCUGUGGAGGCUCUUGAAGAGAAACCUGUGGAGGCUCCUGAGGUAAAACCUGUGGAGGCUCCUGAAGAGAAACCUGUGGAGGCUCUUGAAGAGAAACCUGUGGAGGCUCCUGAGGCAAAACCUGUGGAGGCUCUUGAAGAGAAACCUGUGGAGGCUCCUGAGGCAAAACCUGUGGAGGCUCUUGAAGAGAAACCUGUGGAGGCUCCUGAAGAAAAACCUGUGGAGGCUCCUGAGGUGAAACCUGUGGAGGCUCCUGAGGUAAAACCUGUGGAGGUUCCUGAAGAGAAAUCUGCAGAAGCGCCUGAGGUGAAACCUGUGGAUGCUCUCGAAGAGAAAAUUGUGGAGGCUCCUGAGGUGAAACCUGUGGAGGCUCCUGAAGAGAAACCUGUGGAGGCUCCUGAGGUGAAACCUGUGGAGGCUCUUGAAGAGAAACCUGUGGAGGCUCCUGAGGCAAAACCUGUGGAGGCUCUUGAAGAGAAACCUGUGGAGGCUCCUGAGGGGAAACCUGUGGAGGCUCUUGAAGAGAAACCUGUGGCGGCUCCUGAAGAGAAACCUGUGGAGGCUCCUGAGGUGAAACCUGUGGAGGCUCCUGAGGCAAAACCUGUGGAGGCACCUGAGGCGAAACCUGUGGAGGCUCUUGAAGAGAAACCUGUGGAGGCUCUUGAAGAGAAACCUGUGGAGGCUCCUGAAGAGAAACCUGUGGAGGCUCCUGAGGCGAAACCUGUAGAGGCUCCUGAGGAGAAACCUGUGGAGGCUCCUGAGGCAAAACCUGUGGAGGCUCUUGAAGAGAAACCUGUGGAGGUUCCUGAAGAGAAAUCUGUGGAGGCUCCUGAAGAGAAAUCUGUGGAGGCUCUUGAAGAGAAACCCGAGGAGAAACCUGUGGAGGCUCCUGAGGAGAAACCUGCUGAGGCUCCUGAGGCGAAACCUGUGGAGGCUCCUGAGGCGAAACCUGUCGAGGCUCCUGAGGAGAAACCUGUGGAGGCUCCUGAGGAGAAACCUGUGGAGGCUCCUGAAGAGAAACCUGUGGAGGCUCCUGAGGCAAAACCCGUGGAGGCUCUUGAAGAGAAACCUGUGGAGGCUCCUGAGGAGAAACCUGUGGAGGCUCCUGAGGAGAAACCUGUGGAAGCUCCUGAGGCGAAACCUGUCGAGGCUCCUGAGGAGAAACCUGUGGAGGCUCCUGAGGCAAAACCUGUCGAGGCUCCUGAGGGGAAACCUGUGGAGGCUCUUGAAGAGAAACCUGAGGAAAAACCUGUGGAGGUUCCUGAGGCAAAACCUAUAGAGGCUCCUGAGGAGAAACCUGUGGAGGCUCCUGAGGCGAAACUUGUGGAGGCUCCUGAGGCGAAACCUGUGGAGGCUCUUCAAGAGAAACCUGUGGAGGCUCCUGAGGAGAAACCUGUGGAGGCUCUUGAAGAGAAACCUGAGGAAAAACCUGUGGAGGCUCUUGAAGAGAAACCUGAGGAGAAACCUGUGGAGGCUCCUGAGGCAAAACCUGUGGAGGCUCUUGAAGAGAAACCUGUCGAGGCUCCUGAGGAGAAACCUGUGGAGGCUCUUGACGAGAAACCUGAGGAAAAACCUGUGGAGGCACCUGAAGAGAAACCUGUGGAGGCUCCUGAGGUGAAACCUGUGGAGGCUCCUGAGGCAAAACCUGUGGAGGUUCCUGAGGCAAAACCUAUAGAGGCUCCUGAGGAGAAACCUGUGGAGGCUCCUGAAGAGAAACCUUUGGAGGCUCCUGAAGAGAAACCUGUGGAGGCUCCUGAGGUGAAACCUGUGGAGGCUCUUGAAGAGAAACCUGUGGAGAAACCUGUGGAGGCUCCUGAGGUGAAACCUGUGGAGGCUCUUGAAGAGAAACCUGUGGAGAAACCUGUGGAGGCUCCUGAAGAGAAAUCUGUGGAGGCUCUUGAAGAGAAACCUGUGGAGGCUCCUGAGGCGAAACCUGUGGAGGCUCCUGAGGCGAAACCUGUGGAGGCUCUUGAAGAGAAACCUGUGGAGGCACCUGAGGUGAAACCUGUGGAGGCUCCCGAAGAGAAACUUGUGGAGGCUCCUGAGGCAAAACCUGUGGAGGCUCCUGAGGUGAAACCUGUGGAGGCUCCUGAGGCAAAACCUGUGGAGGCUCCUGAGGUGAAACCUGUGGAGGCUCCUGAAGAGAAACCUGUGGAGGCUCCUGAGGCGAAACCUGUGGAGGCUCCUGAGGUGAAACCUGUGGAGGCUCCUGAAGUAAAACCUGUGGAGGCUCUUGAAGAGAAAUCUGUGGAGGCUCCUGAGGCGAAACCUGUUGAAGCUCUUGAAGAGAAACCUGUGGAGGCUACUGAGGAAAAACCUGUGGAGGCUCCUGAAGAGAAACCUGUGGAGGCUCCUGAAGUGAAACCUGUGGAGGCUCCUGAAGUAAAACCUGUGGAGGCUCUUGAAGAGAAACCUGAGGAGAAACCUGUGGAGGCUCCUGAGGCGAAACCUGUGGAGGCUCCUGAGGUGAAACCUGUGGAGGUUCCUGAAGUAAAACCUGUGGAGGCUCUUGAAGAGAAAUCUGUAGAGGCUCCUGAGGCGAAACCUGUUGAAGCUCUUGAAGAGAAACCUGUGGAGGCUCCUGAGGAGAAACCUGUGGAGGCUCCUGAAGAGAAACCUGUGGAGGCUCCUGAAGAGAAACCUGUGGAGGCUCCUGAGGUGAAACCUGUGGAGGCUGCAGAGGCAAAACCUGUAGAGGUUCCUGAAGAGAAACCUGUGCUAUCUGCUGAGGAGACACUUGUGGAAGCUCGUGGAGAGAAACCUGUGGAGGUUCCUGAAGAGAAACCUAUAGAAGCACCUGAGGAAAAACCUGUGGAGUCUACUGAGAAAGUACCUGUGGAGGCUCCUGCAGAAAAACCUGUGGAAGCUGUUGAAAAGAUAUCUGUGGAGUCUACAGAGGAGAAAUCUGUGGAGGCUCCUGAGGUUGCAUUAUCGGGUGUUACUCUUACGGAUGGUAGGAAGUUAGUUGAAAAGGAAGAAAGUACAGGGACUGAAAUCUGUGGUGAAGCACAAGGCAAAGAUUCUGACCAGAUGGGUCUUUUAACAGCAAUUCUUGAUGAAGAAAAUCAGAAUGUACCAUCAGUAGAUAGCAUUAGUGACUCUGUUGUAUCAACUGUAUGUGAAAUUGGUGUUGCAAAGAAAGUUGAACCAGAGAUGCCAAAGGAAAGCCAAGCAACUGAAGUGUCUGAUAUAUCAGAAGUAGAUUCAUUGAAGUUCAAUGGUGAUCACUCAGAAGUGAAACUGUCUGACAGUGGUCUCGAUCAUUCUGGUGUUUCCACUGAAUUUCAAAAUGAAGUGGCAAAAUCAAAUCUUACUGCUGUUGAAUCUAAUAAAGACAUUGCUGACCAAAUUGGCGAUAUAUCACUUGGAACUGCUGUUAGUGCUAAAGAUGAGGUAGAAUCUGUGAUAAAACCUAUUUCUGUUGAAGAAACUCCUCAGAUUGAAUUGAAAAGUAAUAAGGUGUCCAAAGCUGAUUCUGAGAGCCAACCAAUUGAUACAGUCAAUGAAAAGCAAGCAUAUUCAGAUAUUGAACACUUGCAAAAACUAAAUGGUGAUUUGUUACCAAAAGAUCUUGAAGAGAUUGUCAAAGUAACUAAGACUGAAGAUGGCAAUACUGUCAACAAAGUUGAGCUGCUGGUUCAAAAGAAAGCUAAGAUUUUGACCUCUGAGCAAAUUAUCAAAGAUAACCAGAAAAUGACUAAAACCAAAGACACAAAACUGAAAAAGUCUAAAAAGAAAGAGUCUAAGAGUAAAAGUCGUGGAGAAAUAACUCCUGGAAAAGAAGGAGUUCGAUCUAAAUCCUCAAAAAGCAGUCCGGAGAAAGGUGUAAAAAAAGAGAAAAAGGCGUCAUCACUUGUCAGUACUCCAAAACAGAAAUCAACCUCUUCCUCUAAGCAAAGUUCAAGUUCAAUGAAGAAAUCAAAAGGAAGUAGUAGCCCUACAAAAUCCAAGUCUAGUUCUUCGAAAAGCAAGGGCACAAGUAGUACUGAAAAAGUAAAACCAGUACUUAGGUCUGUCUCUUCACCCCCCAAAGCAAGCAGUAGCCCUAUAAAAACAGAUAGUAUUGAUUCUUCAAAAGUAUCUGAUUCAUCCCUGAAGAAAGAAAACAAUACUUUGCCUGCUGAGAAACCACGAGGAAGAUCAACAAGUAGGAGCGUCAUACUGAAGAGAACUACCAAAACUGAAAAAUUAAGACUGGCAAUGAUAAAAAACACUUUGGAAGCUAGUCAGAACCAAGUUGGUCCAGCAUAUUCACAUUCUCCAAGUGCCCGCCGAAUACGCAGCUGCAGUCCCCAAAAAACCUCUCGAGUGACAUCACCUGAUAAAAGGACAGGAUCACCUUUGAAGACAAAGUCAACCACUGCCCGUUCAAGAAAAGAUCAAUUGUAUGAUCAGAUGGAGUAUGAUGAAAAUGAAAGGCUCUCACCACUGUCACCAAAUGCUAGAAAGAGAUAUGGGAUCAAUGCUAGAAAUGAAACUUAUCGCCCAGGAGGAGGGAAUGUUCGGAUUUUCAGUGAAAAGAUGGAUUUCAAAAACGUUUCGUCAAGAAUUGACUCACGCAGUAAAUCCCCUCGGAAAUCCCCUCCUUCAUCAACUCAGAGUCCGGCACGGCAAAUAGCAGGAGCAGAACAUUCCUCACCGUCACCAAGCUCUCGAAAUGUUCGUUCUAAAAUUGGAUCUUUGGACAAUGCUAGGCAUACACCUGGUGGGGGAAAUUCAAAGACAUCAGGGAAGACUGGCAGAUCUAAGGAUAGUCCAAGGAAGAAAAAAUCAAAGGUCAAAAUCAUCAACAAGAAGGAGAAAUACGAUGCAGUACAAAGUAGGGUUGGUUCAAAGGAUAACAUCACUCACAGACCAGGUGGUGGAAAUAUAAGAAUUGAAAACAAACGAUUGUCUUAUCUGGAAAGUGCUAAACCAAAGGUGGGCUCCUUGGAUAAAGUUGACCAUAAACCUGGUGGUGGAGAUAAAAAGAUCUUAGAUGAUAAACUGGAAUGGACUGUUCAACCUAAAGUGGGUUCGAAGAUCAAUAUUACCCACAAACCUGGUGGUGGAGAUAAAAAGGUAUUGGAUGAGAAAGUAGAGUGGAAUGUUCAGCCAAAAGUUGGCUCCAAGGAUAAUAUUACUCACAAACCAGGUGGUGGGGAUAAGAAGGUAAUGGAUGAGAAAGUAGAGUGGAUUGCUCAGCCAAAAGUUGGCUCCAAGGAUAAUAUUACUCACAAACCAGGUGGUGGGGAUAAGAAGAUUGAAGACCAGAAAUUAGAAUGGAAAGCUGGAUCCAAAGUAGGAUCUAAAGACAACCUGAAACAUGUACCUGGCGGUGGAGAAAUUAAGAUUCCAUCGCAAAACGUUCUUGGAAAGGAAGUUGACUCAAACGUUGGUUGUAUUAGUGACGAAGACCACCAAGCUGUUGGUGGUAUUGCAUCAUCUCCUCCUCCUCCUUCUUCUUCACUACCACAGGUUGAAAGCCAGGUACUAAAAUUCAAAGAAAAUGCAGAACCUCGAACAAACACUGGUAUUAACAAGUCGUAGCCGUAAAUGCAACUUUUAUUCCAGUUUUUUUUUCUUAAUUUUUCCCCCCCAGAGUUGGCUCAGUCUGUCUUCUCUGUAUUUCAGACUGUUAAAAAUAGCUCAUCCAACCCAACAAAUAUACAUACAUAUAUACAUAUAUAUACAUACAUAUAUCUAUAGAUAUAUAUAGAUAUAUAGAUAUAUAU